AUGGUACUACUGUCACUGAUGAGCUUGGCCUUGGCCUGCAGCAGGUCCAUCUUGGAGCUAGCUGGCAUUGGUUCUGUUCCCGGGGGAGACUGGCCAGCCGCUUCCCGGGAGCUCUGCCCCGCCGGUGAGGCAGGGCCAGGUGGGGGCGCCGCGGGCUCCCCUCCCGAGUCGGGGCGGUGGCGGUCGGUGCUCGGCGAGGGUUUCCCUGUGGCUCAGUUCGGCUCGGCUCCACUUCACUCCGUUCGGCUUGGCUCGGCUCGGCUCCGCUCUGCCAUGGGCUCGGUGCUGUCCCGUACGGCGGCCCCGGUCUCGCCGUCUGCCCUUUCCUUCGAGUGCGCCGUGUGCCUGGAGGUGCUGCACCGGCCCGUCCGCACACCCUGCGGACACCUAUUCUGUCAUUCCUGUAUUUCUGCAAGUUUAAAGAAUAAUGCGUGGACAUGCCCUUACUGCCGUGCUUAUCUGCCUUCUGAAGGAAUUCCAGCCACUGAUAUUGCCAAGAAGAUGGAGAGCACAUUCCAGAAUUGCACAGAAUGUGAAACACAGGUUUGCUUGAGUCAAAUGAGAGCUCACUUAAGAACAUGUGAGAAAUACAUAGAAAACUAUGGACCUAUACAGGAGCCUGGAGAUGCUGCAACAAGGUAUUCCUGUCCUUACUGCCAGUGCCAAGUAGCUGAGGAUGAGCUAAUGGAUCACUGUCUAACUUACCACAGAUUGGAAAGGAGAGCAGUGUGUUGUCCAAUUUGUUGUUUAACACCUGGGAGAGAUCCAAGCUAUUUCAGCAGCAAUUUUAUGAGGCAUCUUCAAGUCAGACAUAUGCUCCAUUAUGAAGACCACAUAGACAUAAACAGUGUUGGAGAAGUUCUUGUUGAAAGUGUUCUAGGUGGGUCAUUCUUAGACUAUGUCCAUGUGAAUCAUCCAAACAGCUCAUAAGGACUGCUGCAGAAGAGUGGAGGAACUUUUCCUGCGGAUAAACGUGGUCAUGAAAAUGUUGACUUUUGCACUUAAUAACAGUGUGCUAAUAG